AUGUCCAGCAACGCUCAAUCCGCAUCAUCUUCGACAGCAGCUGCAGCGCCUGCAGCUACGCAAAAGCCAUGGCAAGCCAAGCUGGUGCUGUUGGGUGAGGCUGCUGUGGGCAAAUCAUCAGUCGUGCUCAGGUUCGUGUCGGACGAGUAUACAGAGAACAAGGAGCCCACCAUUGGCGCUGCAUUUCUGACUGUGAGUGUCCAAGAGCGGAUAGGGGAGCAUGUAUGCGCCUUUCUUUGCUGCCAAGCCUGAGCACCGCAGGUGGCGUCAAUGUGAGCCGCUAUGGAGGCGCACAGUCCUUGACGCCAAUGCCGCGUUUCCAGUCGGCCGCAAUUUCGCCUUUCGGGUUUGUGAUGCAGCCAGCGCCUGUCGCUCCUCCUGGCUGACACCCAUCCUCUUUCUCCCCUUCCCCAUCCAGCAAAAAUGCCGGCUAGACAAUGCGAUCAUCAAGUUUGAGAUCUGGGAUACCGCCGGCCAGGAGCGAUUCCACAGUCUGGCCCCCAUGUAUUACAGAAAUGCACAAGCAAGCGCAGUCGUCUACGACGUCACAAAGGCUGUGAGUGUGCACGCUUGCAUUGCUCCACGACACGCGCGCUGAGCAUGUCGCACCUUUCCCAACCUUUGCGCAGAGCUCGUUCGAGAAGGCCAAGUCGUGGGUCAAGGAGCUUCAAAGGCAAGCGAACCCAAACAUCGUCAUCGCGUUGGUGGGCAACAAGAUUGAUCUGCUGAGUGGGGGCGGCGGCAGCGGCAGUGCAGCGGAUGAUGAUGAUGAUGAGGAGGAGGAGGAGGAGGACGAUGCGACUACUACUGGCGCAGGUGGGAACUCUAACGGCAACUCGUCAGGUGGUGCGACAAGAGCAGUACCCAAGGAGGAAGCUGCAGCGUAUGCUCAAGAAGGUGGCCUACUGUUUUUUGAGACGAGCGCGAAGACUGGUCAAGGUGUGGUCGAGCUCUUCACCGAAAUUGGUGAGUCUGUGCAUCGCCGCACUCUGUGGGGAGAAAAAAAUCCUCUGCUGCAUAACACUAUCGCUGACGCGCGCAACCACCGCUUCCGCCUUAUGCUCACCCUAUUACAUCGCAGCCAAAAAGAUUCCCAUCGACCAGAUCCAAUCACAGCAGCAGCGCAGCGGCAAUGCCAACGGCAAUGCAGCUGGGGCAAGUGCGAGCGCGGGUCAAGGCGGAUUGCGGUUGGGCCAGAACGAUGCUAGAGGCGGUGCUGGAGAGGGUUGCAAUUGCUGA